AUGGAAUCAUCUGUGACGCGGCUCCUGGUAGGCACAAAGAUGCUGCUGGAGGCGCUCACAGAAUGGUCCCAUGGCCGCCAGACAGAGACCAACGUCUCGGAGAUUUAUGUGCGCUUGGGCAAUGAUUUCAAUGUAGCCAUUACUGCAUUCACAAGCUACGGGAUCGACAUGUCUGAUCUGUACUCCAUCCCCUCUGAUCUACGCUCGUGUUUGGAGACGUGCCUGUCUGAGCCAGCAUCGCCAGCCGCACUGGAGCAGUACUUACCGCGCAUCCGGGAGAUUAUUAUUCGUCUACUCCAGGGCCUGAAAGUGAAGCAGGCGAAUUACAAGCAGCUUGCAUUGCGGCAGCGCUCAGAGCAGGAACGCAAAGACGCCAAAACAAAAGAGCGCAGCCAGCCAACAGCAGCACAAGCAAUUUCCGACGCCGCGCAGCUGCCGCUUGGGCCACGUUCUAUGGGAGCCGUGCCGCUCCCCACACCUCCUCAACAGGCACCGCCCGCGACAGUGCCGUCUGCGCUGGCGCAAGAAGAGACGGAAACAGACAAUGUCACUAUGCGCGCGUUGCGCAGCCGCGAAGCGCUGGAGCGGCGCGCAAGCAAACGCUUUAGUGCAUACACCAUGACCAAGAUGCACGUUCCUGGAUUUUGGGGCGGCCCGGGCACCAGUCCGCGCUCGUCCUACGGCGAUCGUGCAAUGCACCACCGGAAUGCGUCUGCUGGCGUGCAUCCCAUCUCGGAUGCUCCUUCCGAAGCGGAUGACUCCCACACGACUUUGGUACGGAUACCAAGCGACGCGUCUAGCACGCAAGGACUCGGUAUCAGCACGCCCACGAGCCGUGAUCGGGGUCACUGCAGCGCACCUUUGCCCGACCCGGCCGUGGAGCGCGAUGCGCCGUUUAAGGCGCUUGCUGCCGUCCCUGAAGCAUCGCCAAACAUGUCCUCCUCUUUUGCCCCUAGUCCCGCGAUGGAUGUUUUUGUACAGCUUGGGCGCCAUACGCGCAAAGUGCAGCUUCCUGUGGAUCCCAGCGCGCCGAAGCGUGGAUUGUCAGUAGCUGCGCUGCGCAUGCUCUUUGUCGACCAAUUCGCCUACUCCCCUGGCAUGGAAGACUUUCCCGAAAUUUAUACCAAGGACCCAGCAACGGGUAUACAGUACCAGCUUGAUGAUUUGGAUGACGUGCAAGCGCGCGCCCUUCUUACCCUGAACAUUGAGCCGCUCGACCAGGUGAAGCAGCACGUGGACUUGUCACUGGCAAAUGUCACACGCGAGCUGCGCGAAUUGAAGCAGAUGCUGCGCGAGACAGAAGGAGGCCGUGCAGCUGCCGACUCUGCCAAGGCAAUUCCCAUCAGCGAUUCGGAUUUUCUCGCGGCGGGCGACCGCAUGUCGAACUACGUCGCGACGCCCCAGCUGAACGCCGAGCCUGUGCACGAUGGCGAUGGCGAUGGCAAUGCAAAUCCAGCCGGCGUGCACCUUGCCAAUGAACUAAAGAAGCAGUACGAUGAACUGCAAAAGCUGCGCAAUGACUUUGCUAUUCUUCGGCAGGUGCACGGCAAUGCAGAGACGGAUAUGCGCGACGUUUUUGCACGUAUCCGCGCGCAGGUCAAGGAGUUUGAAGAGGCAAACAAUGCGGGCCCUUCUGUCGGGCGCAGCAUGAUCGAGACCGGCAAAUGCAAGCUGCAUCCGCAGUCACAGGAAGCGUUGACCACGGUCGAAGAUCUGCAGGACUUGAUCGAGGACCUGAAAUUGGAUGUGAGCCAGCGUGGCGUGAAGCCAAAGCCAUCCGAGCUGAAGCGUAUUGCUGAAGAUAUCGGCACGGCCACGCAGCGCUUGGACGAGCUCGAACAGUACGUGCAAAACAUCAAGCCCCAUUGGAAAAAGGCAUGGGAAACGGAGCUGCAAAACAUUGUGGACGAGCAAGAGUUUUUAAACUACCAAGAAGGACUUCUCGCAGAUUUAAAGCAAGACCACAUCGCUCUUCAGGACGUGUUUGCCAACAUUCAGCAGGUCGUGCGGCUGCGCGACGUAAACAAUAGGCCGCACUCGCCCACUGCCGUCGCCCGGUUUGUUCCUCCGCCACCCCACAAGGAGCACCAAGGAAUAGGCACGGUGAUGAUCGAAGUGCGUGGCCAAGCAAUCGACCACGAACGGCGAUUGCGUGCGGUGCAAGCCGCAGAGAAGUCGCGCGAAAAGGUCAAGGUCGAGCAUGCCGACGAAUUCUCCUCAGAGCUCGCUGGUUUUGUGGAUGGAAAACAGCUGCGCAUGACGGGGGGACAUCGCGAAACGGAUCGUGUGCGCCAGAAACGCGACCAAAACACGCUUCGCUCGAUGCUCACCGGUGGACAGGAGUUGUCUAGCGACGUCCCUUAG